AAAGAUGAGCGGUGUGAAUUAUCAAAGACACGCAGGCAGUCUCAGUCGUGUUUCUCUUUCCCGAUCACUUCACUUGGAUCUUUGCUUUCCCUUUCGCUUUUGUCUUUCCCUGUCUUUGAUCCGCACUGCAAUUCUCUCCUUUUCUUCCAUUUUUCAUUUACAAUUCUACUUCCUUGGAAUGGCAAGGGGAAUGUCAAUUAGAAUGGGAAUGGGAUCGCAUCCUUGAUUGAUUACUUGAGAUUUCAUCGUUUCCAAUUUUAGAGUGAGAGUGAGAGUAAAACAAACGGAAGCGGUGGUGGUGGGUGGUGGGUGGUGCCUGGUGGCAGUCACCGGCGUCUGCUGCUCCUGGUUUGCUGGCAAAAGGAAUGCUGGAGUAGCGAGAGUAGUGAGCUUGUGGUUGGAAGAGCUCAAAACACACCGCUCUAAUGGGCUCCGAGCAGAAUAGAUUCCCUCAACAGGAGCGGAGAAAGAGAUGGGGAGGAUGUUGGGGUGCAUUCUCUUGCUUUCCCUCACAAAAAGGAGGAAAGCGCAUAGUGCCUGCAACUCGCAUUCCUGAAGGCAAUGCAUCAGCAAAUCAGCCAAAUGGACCCCAAACAGUUGGGCUCGCCAACCAAACAACAUCGCUAGCUCCUUCUCUUCUAGCUCCGCCUUCUUCUCCAGCAUCAUUUACAAAUUCAGCCCUUCCUUCAACAGCGCAGUCUCCUAGUUGUUUCUUGUCUGCCAACUCACCUGGAGGUCCUUCAUCCACCAUGUAUGCCACCGGGCCAUAUGCCAACGAAACACAACUUGUCUCUCCUCCUGUUUUCUCAACCUUCACAACUGAGCCUUCCACAGCCCCUCUCACUCCCCCACCAGAGUUGGCUCACUUAACUACUCCAUCUUCCCCAGAUGUACCGUACGCUCAUUUCCUCUCAUCUUCAGUAGACCUUAAAAGUACUGAGAAGACCAAUUACAUUGCUGCAAGUGAUCUUCAUUCAACAUAUUCCCUCUAUCCUGGAAGUCCUGCUAGUAGUCUCAGAUCACCAAUUUCAAGGGCAUCAAACAAUUGUUCAUCUUCAUCUUUUCCUGAGCGUGAUUUCCCCUCACAUUGGGAUCCGUCAGCUUCUCCUCAAAAUGGCACCUAUCCAAGGAUUGGUUCUGCAAGGAUGUUUGGACAUGACCCAGUUGGAGCCUCUGUGGCAUCUCAAGACUCGAACUUCUUUUGUCCUGCUACAUUUGCACAGUUUUAUCUGGAUAAUCCACCAUUUCCUCAUGCUGGUGGAAGGUUAAGUGUGUCCAAGGAUUCAGAUGUUUACACUACUGGUGGGAAUGGAAGUCAGAGCAGACACAGUAGAAGCCCCAAGCAAGAUGUGGAAGAAAUAGAAGCGUAUAGAGCAUCCUUUGGGUUUAGUGCUGAUGAAAUUAUCACCACAACACAAUAUGUGGAGAUUUCUGAUGUAAUGGAGGACUCAUUUACCAUGACACCUUUUCCCUCGCAUAAAUUGCCUACCGAAGAAAGUAUGGAACCGACAUCUGUCAGUGAAGGACUAAAAGCACAUAAGACAAAAACAAACUUGCAGAGUCAGGAUAGUCUUAAAUCAGAACCAGAUCUUGAUGACGGUGGACAUUGUGACUUGGCCAUAUCGUGUACUGGAUCCGAAGAUCACAAAUCAUGGAGGCAGUCCAGUGAUGUCUCUCGAUCAAGUACACGUGGAAUUCGUAUUGUGGCUGAUGAAGAGGACAUUUUUUCAAAGAUGGGGUCAUCUAAAUUGAGCAGAAAGUAUCAGAUGGGUCAAUCUAGCUCAGAUGCAGAAAUUGAUUAUAGAAGGGGGAGAAGCUUACGGGAGAGAAAAUGAGAAUUUGGGUGGAAUGACUAAGAGUGGAAUGAUCUAACCGAUGAUGUAACCUGUUCUUUCAGUGGUGUGUGAUCGGUCUCUGUGAUUGAUGAAUGCUGUUGCUGUAGGUGAAUGAAACAACUGGUACAUGUGUUUGGUGAAAUGUGGUUAGUUAUAUUAUAUAUAUUAUAUUCUUGGAACGUGUAUUGCAACAUCAGUUUAGCUAUUGUUCAGGCAGCAUUUUCUGUACCAUUUCGAUGUGGCGUGGUCAGAUGAUGGGAGAUAAAGGGUUUUCGCUUUGAGUAGUGUGUUUUUUUCCUUGCCCAAGGUCCAAAAACAGAGAAAACUUGCUUAAAGCAGGAUAAGUAAAUUAGCAAGAUUAUCAGCUAUAUAGUUGUUUCCCGUGUAGAUAUGCAUCAAAGACGAUUCCAAUUUUUUAUCUAAGUGUAAGUGUCUUGAUUAUGCACUGUUGAAUCUAUGCUUGUACUGUUUGUCUGGCU